AUGGCCGCCAAUUUCCCCCACAGCGACUCAUCCGCUGUCGCUCAGCCAGCAAUGGCUGCCCCGGCGCCACCCAAGGCCGGCAACAGGCUGGACAUUAGCAAUCUCAUGUCCCCCCCUGAGAACCUGCUCGAGACUUUUAACCAGGCCAAGGCCCGUCGUCAAGAAUCAAAGACGCUCAAUGAAAUGACUUCACAGCCGCUGCCCAUGUCGCCGCCUAUCUCGCCUUACACCAAGACGGUCUCCAGCAACGCCAGCAACGGCGACAACACUCCAAGCACGCCUCAGAGCUCGACUAUCCAAGAUCCGGUUCUUUAUCCCAUCGAUGAGGCGUCGCCAUCGGGCCUGCCACAGCCGCCAUUGUUUGCUCCUGCCGAGGAUGAAGAUACCCAUAUGCAAAUCGUCGAUGACCAUGUCCGAGCUCUAGAAUCGACCGCCAACCUCUUCACUGUUGUCCCACCUCCACGCCGUGAGGACUACAAGUUGAUGAUCUCCAUCAAGUCGCAGGUCAUGAAGAACUACAACAGCAACCCCAGGGCAUGGCUGCGAAAGGAGCGAGCUUAUCUCAUUGCCGAUCGAGAGGCCGCCCUUGGAGCUCGUCGUCUGCCUCUUAUCCAGCCAGCCAAGCCAAUCGCAGCCAAGCCAGCCCGAUCUCAGCGCGCUGAUCGAGUCUUUGAUCGAGUAUCCAGCCGGGUCUCUAAGCCACACGCCCCACGGCCAAUUCGCUCCAGCGGUGCUCCCACCACUGCUGCUGUUGCCGCUGCUGCCUCUUCUCUCGCUUUGGCUUCGCCCAUCGCUGCUGCUCGAUCUACUGCUGGCCGACGUCGUCCAAGUGCUACGCCAGAGCCUUCUCGCCGCAUUGUUGCUCCUAGCCGCGAGGACAAGAACUUCCAGGUCCUCCAGGACUUCUGCCCGCCUCUCAGUUCUCUCUCUGACCGCGCUGCCUCUCAGCUGAAGCCAGACUGGAAGGGCCAGCCAAUUGACCUCAGCAACGACCCCAACCGGAAGCUGCUGCACCCUGCCGAGCUCAACCUCGCCAGCGGUCUCCGUCUGGACUGUGCCACGUACCUCACCAGCAAGCGACGCAUGUUCAUGCGACGUCUCGAGCGCUUCCAGAACAACAAGGAGUUCCGCAAGACUGACGCUCAGCAAGCCUGCAAGAUCGACGUCAACAAGGCCUCUCGACUCUGGGUUGUCUUCAACAAUGCCGGCUGGCUCGAGCCUCACUGGAUGGUUCCCUUCAAGGACGUCAAGAUCGAAUCCACCACUCGAUAA